UCUUUAAUCACAUACCGUGUUACGUUUAACUUGUAACGGUGAUACGCAAAAAUCGACAGAGCGACUUCUACUUGCUUUUGGGAAUAUUUUUUAUGCAGAAAUAGAUGUAAUAAGCGGAUUAGGAUAUACUACUCGUAUUUCGAUGCUUGAAGAUUUCGAUUCGAGGAUUAAUUGCUUGAUCAGUGCGCUAAGAUUUUGUCUACUGUUUUAUUAAAGUAAUAAUCAAGCUUAGUGAAUACUUGCGAUUAUUAAUGCACUGAAAGGCGCCAGGGAUUUAACAAGUGUUCAUUGUGGACCGCGUUUAGUUAAAUAGAAUUAUUUUCGAUUUUGGAAGAAGCCUAAGUCAUAUAUUGUUAUUUUUUCAAAACGCUCUUUGUUUUGUGCUACAUUAAAGUUCAACUGCGGAGGAAGCAAAAUCAAGGGAAUAUAACGGAGCUUUACAUCAUCGGAAAUAAAGUUGUUAUUUUCUAUGAACGGAUUUCAUAGUCGCGUUAUUAAAAUUAUUUAUAGUGACUUUUGUGUGACGUGACUGAAUUUAAAGCAAUCACAACCUGUUUAUAUAGACUGUAAGACAUUUUUUCAAACUUUAAAAUACAAUGUCAAAAACAUUUAUAUAUAUAAGUGCUCUAUAACUUAUCCAUAUAUAAUUGUAUAGUUUUCUAAAAUCAAUUUUAAAACAUACCAGUGAUGGCGGGGUUACGGAUUACGUUUUUGUUUACGUUAACGUCGUUUGGAUUUUUGACGUCGGCGUCGGCACAGGACCCAAUACACGGUGCCGGUGGGUAUCCAUUAUGCAAGACGACCGGCCCCCUUGGCAUGAUCACGGGGGAGAUCCAGGACUGGCAGAUCACCGCCUCUUCCGCCUACCCGUACGAGUGGGACCCGAACUGCCGCGAGAAGUACGCCCGCGUGUACCUGAAGAACAAAUACGGAUGGUGCGCCAAGUACAAGUCCUCCUCCGAGUGGCUCCAGGUUGACCUUGGCGUCGCCUCAAGGGUCACAAGCGUGAUGACGCAGGGUCGCGCGGACGGUAACGAAUGGGUGACGUCAUUCAUGGUGUCUCACAGCAUGAACGCUUACAACUGGUUCUACGUGCAGGAUCAAUACGGCAACCAAAAGGUAUUCGAGGGCAACACUGACUCGUACACCGUGAAGCACUCCUAUCUAGAUCAGCCAAUCGUUGCUAGAUUCAUCCGAUUCCACGUCGUGAAUUGGAACAGACACCCGAGCAUGCGUGUUGAGGUCAUUGGGUGCCAGCUGUGUAAAGAGCCGCUAGGCCUACCCCCGUACGCCAAGCUGACUGCCUCCACCCACAAGAAGAGCGCCCAAUCAUGCCAGCCCGAGGAUGGCACCAUCCUCAGUCAUAAGGGCUGGUGCGCCAAGAAGUCCAAAGAGGCACAGUGGCUUCAGAUCGACAUCGGACCACCCGCCCUCAUUUCGGCCAUCAAAACAAAGGGCCGAGGGGACUCGAAUAAGGAACACUUUGUCAAGCGCUUCAUGGUAUCCUACAGCAACGACAGUGUAGUCUGGCACAAAUACAAAGACGCGCAUCAUCUUGACCCCAAGAACAAAUGGUUGUGGACUCCGACUUAUAAUGCGUCAGCAUCUCAAUUAAUUCCCGACCAGUAUACAGAUGAGGGACUGAUUUUCGGCGGAAAUAGCGACAAAGACACUGAGCGAACGCAUUAUUUGAAUUCGCCCUUCGUGGCUCGCUAUGUCCGUAUCUUCCCUGUUGAAUGGAACAAAAAGAUUGCCAUGAGGGCGGGACUUCUAGGCUGUCCGCACACGGGUGAAUGUCCGUCCGGUUUUAUGAGAGUCAACGAAGAAUCACCAUGUGUCGAAAACCUUGCGUUUAAGAAGCGGGCGCUUAUCAGCACGAGCUCGCGACACAACAAACGUCAUAUCUCGCAACCACACGUUACACAGGACCGCGCGGAGCAAGCGGUAGACGGUCGUCUGGAGCAGCGUUUGGGUUUCUGCACCAUCCUUGACAACCUGUAUGGCGACGUGUUCACCAUCGACAUGGGCCGGAAGCAAAAGGUGUCAGGGGUUCUCAUCUACACGUGGCAAGGCGAGGGUCAAGAAGGUGCAAGCGCCUACAGAGACUACAUGAACAACCUCGACAAGCUUCUUGUCUAUGUGGACGACAGUGGCGGGAAAGACCAGCCCACCGACCCCAACUCCACCUCCCAGUUGUGCGCAUACACUUCGCGCAUGAACGACGCCCUCUUCCGGCCAGUACUUCAUUUUCAGUGCAUGCGACCGUUGGUCGGCAGGAAAGUGUUAAUCGAGGCGUGGAACGUGGAAAAUAGCUUCAACCGAAUUUUUAGUGCGGUACUUUGCGAAGUGCAAGUUUACGAAUAACUGCGUAAACAACUGACUGUUUCUGACUUUAUAGAGAAAGUAAUGUACAUAAUGUUAAGUUCGGGGUUAAACGUAUAUAAUUUAACUGUGAUCCUUUUAUUUAACCGCUAAUAUUGUUCGUUGAUUAGGAAAAGUAAUUUGAAAUGUACUAAGGAUUUGAAAAUCUUUUUCUUUUCAAAAUUAUUUAAAAGUAGAACAACGAAUUCGAUCAAUUAAAAACCUUGUUAAAAGUUGAAGGAAUUGGUACAAUCGUAACUAUUUAAUGUAUCAGGGUAAUUUGGCCGCGUUAUAACAUAAACAAAUCACAUAGUUAUACAUCCAUUCGUUUUAUGACACAAUAAUCAAAGUAUAUCCAAAAUAGUAUUGCAUGUGUUCAUAGAAACGACUUUUUAGUCAGACAGAAAAUCUGAACCGUGUUUUUGUACAUACAAGACUUUAAAUUGAUGGCCAGAUACCUUGUAUAAUAGAACACAGUUAUAAUUAUUUUUAUUUAAAAUAUCAGAUAUUAUAACGGAUACGAAAACUGCCCAACGGAUUCCUUUUGAUUCGGGUCACAUUUGUUUUUGUGGCGGGACGUUGUAUGCUUGUGCCAAAAAUAGAUAUUACGUGAAACUUUUAGUGAGUGGCGUGUUAGGCAGGAAGUGACUUAAAGACAUGAGCGUACCGUGGCGGACUUCGCUGACAUUAAGCGUACUGUGAAUUUCGAGGAAGUGCUUGUUCUCUCGGAAUCUCUCGAAAAUCACAAUUUAAAAGACCUUACCACGCGCAAUAAGUAAACAAAGGAAUGUGGGUCAAAUAAAUUCACGGAGCUUGUACUAGUGAUCAUAUACGGACUACGACAUCGUUAAGCUAAAGAUGGAGGUGGGGCUAUGACCUUUAACAUUUGACGUACAUUGCGUUGCUGGUUGACAACGCUUCAAGGGCAUAUAACGUGUUGCACAGGUCACUGUACCCGUGCUGAGGUGGAGAGUAGUAGAACUGUGUACAUACAUGUACGAGACUGGCUACUUAUAAGCCUAUUGUGGAGAUUAUCUUUUCGAUUUUAGAUUCUAAUCCAUCUACGCGUGCGUAGAUAUGCGUCGAUGGUGUAUACUGUUGUUCAAAGUUAUUGUGUCAUACAUUUUAGAACAGUGCCAUUUGCGAAUUCAUUUGUGUAUUCGAGCAUGUUCUUAACAUUUUCAAUUUUCAAAAAUAUUUUAAAUGAUUUUUUGUUUUUCUUUAACUUUUGACAUGGAAAACAAAUUCACAAAAUAUAUAAUUAAGCAAACGUACUGUUGUAAAAUGAAAUGGCGCAUAGUUUUGUAUUUCAUGUUUGUUUUAUUAUGUGCAACUGUAGCGUGUUAUUUAAUACCCAAACAUCGAACAAAGUAACACAAAUCUGCUUCUUUACUAUAACUGUAAUGUCUGCUGACGUGUUUCAGUUGGGUUUUUCCUUAUCAUUCAAUACUUCAGGAAUUAAAUGAAUCAAAAUUAUCACUAUUAUAUAUCGUGUUCUCACAGUAAACUCUGCUAGUCCAAACAUAGUAGGUUUUCUUAUAUAAUUUAUCUCUGUCUAUUUAAUACGAAUGUCUUCCGAACCUUACAUUUUUAAAUACAAAUUCAGCUCUAAUUAAUGACCAUGGAAUACGCACGUAUUUCAGUACACAUGGUUGUUAAUUUUUUGAUAGCGAACCUCAUUUUCUUGCCUUGGAAAUAUUUUGCGUGCGUUUUUUAGUCACUAAUUACAAGGCAACAUAUCUGAUUCUUAUUAUUUACAUUUUUAAAUACAAAUUCAGCUCUCAUUAAUGACCAUGGAAUACGCACGUAUUUCAGUACACAUGGUUGUUAAUUUUUUGAUAGCGAACCUCAUUUUCUUGCCUUGGAAAUAUUUUGUGUGCGUUUUUUAGUCACUAAUUACAAGGCAACAUAUCUGAUUCUUAUUAUUUAGCCCAGACUUAUUACCUUGGUCAGACAAACCUUUCCGGUACUAGGUAAUCAACGAAUUGCAUUGAACGAGGAAUUCUUUGAGUGUGAUAAAUAUCGUCUUUAACAGCUUAUUUUUCAUAUUCGUUUAAUACUGAAUUCAGAUACGGGUUGUGAUAAAAUUGUAGAUAUGAAUAAAAUUGGACUUAAAAAGAAGAUUUUUUCGAUGGUAACACUGAAAUUCCAAUGGGAAGAUAACCUGUUGAAAACAACCUUUAUAUUAUUUAUUUAAUGUACUAAAAGGUUAAUUUCUAUAUACAACGCACCGAAAAGUAGAUUUAUUCUAAGGCAUUCUUCACCUAUAUCAAGAAGAUCGGAUCUCAGUAACGGUUCAUUUCGUUAGUAGCCGGUCAUUUGUAGUCAUUGCAUAUGAGUCUCGCCCUGCGAAAACGGGUCUUCAUGCAUUGUCGUAAAGUGUCGUCCAAGAUUUAUAGCUGACACUUUCCGCAUGUUUUGUAUUUUUCGUCGAAAGGAAGUCUCUUCUUAUCAAAAUCCAGUCAAAGCUGAAACUGUCGUCCCCUAUAAUCAUGUGCUGCAUGCACAGGUUAAUCUUUGGACGAAAUUGUACUAACAUGCAUUUAGACCCGUUUUCCCAAAACGAGGCUCAUUUUUGUGUGUAAAUAAUGGCAUCCAUGACAAGUACUUGAGACUGUUCUCUGUGUAUUCUUAAACUAAAGUCACGUGACCUCCAUGAUAAUGUACGGUCAAGAAACUGUUCUUUACAAAUGCAUUGUCUUACUUUGACUAAAAUAUUAAUAAAUCAAAGGUAUCUCGUUUUUUAAUGUUUAUUACCGAUUAUACUGUUCAUAAUAUAGACCCGAAUGCACUUUGCUUCAAGAUUGCUUAUCUUUAUCUUCGUUGUCCGUAGCAUCGAUACAGAUGUCCGACAUCAUCUCCUUAUUGUCCGACAUUUUAUGUUCCAUGUCCGACAAUGCCUUUUUGGUAACUCUUUGUUCUGUCUAUUCUGUGCCUGAGAUGUAACUCUUAUCAAAAAUACCAUUUUACUUAACUGUUUUACAUUUGUGUACCAAAAUGAAAAUGAGUGUUUUAUUUGAGCGUUUUAGCGAACAGAUAAUAUACUUCAAUGAAGUAUUUGUUUUAUAUGUUAAAUGAAAUAAAGCAAGAAAAAAAAAACUUGCAAGUUUGUAUUGCAAACUUAUUCAAUUAGAAUCACACAUCUGUGUUGUAUAUUCUGCAUGAAAAAAACAACGCUUUUAUGAUCCAUUUUUUUGUAAACAAGUCUAAUGCGCAUGCGCAUACCGUUCUUUAAAUGACGAAUACAGAUUUGUAAUUUUUACUUAUUUUGUGGUUACAAAGUACCAGUUUUAAUUGUUUUACUGUUAGAUAUAUAUUGUUAAACCAGAAUUGCGUUACACACAUUCUAAACAUGUAUGUAAGCCGUAAAGAAAUUGAAUAUCAACUGUUUAGUUUCGAAAUUGUAUGUCAGUAUUUUAUUUGAAAAUGUUGGUUAUAAAUAUAUUUAUAUAAUGUGUAUGUGGAUGUUGUCAUUUUUUAUUAUUUUAGAAAGUGAAGUUUUGUUAGUUAAUACCUCUUUUUGUUUUGUUUCAUUUUGGAAAGCAAUAGUACGAGUAAUUAUGGCGGCCGGUUUAUUGUAUUGGGUAAGAGCAGCUAGAUUAAGAGCAUAUCGAUAUUUUUUCAAAUGCAGCUCUUAGAAACUAUAAUAAACGUUAAAUAACACAUAUCAGUGCUAUACAUUUUAACUCAAACAAGAAAACGUAACCAUCAUGGUUGAAUGUCGUUCAGUUGAAACUGCAGGAAACAAAAACAAUUGCAAAAUCAAACCAAUUUGUGACAUUUGGCUUUUAGACAUGUAUGCUAAUUUGGUUCAUUGGUAUAACAUAUUAUAUAGAAUAUUGUUAUAUUUUUGUAAACAUUAAAUUAUAAAACUUUGUUAUACGUA